GAAGGGGGAACAAGCUGGCCAUCAAUUUUUAAAGGGAAAAAAAAGAAAAGGCAAGAUACACAAGAACAAAAGCGCAGCAACGUUACCCGGGUGGGGGUCCUCCCAAGAGCACCAGCUUGAAGUCGGGGACAAAGAUUGUGGAAAUCGUGCAAAAGAGAUUUCCACAGAGUAAGCCAGAUUUGAUCAGAAACCAUUUCCAGAUUACCUCAUUUUUUGGGGGGAGGAAAUGGAGAUUACAUUGGACCGUAACCCAGGACUUCAUGAUGUGGCAAUCAAAUUGGAACAAGAAGAGAAGCCGUGUGGCUUGCAUCAAUGGGAAUCCCCGACCUUCCCAAGGACCAGCUCAGGAUCUCCUCACCUUAUCAUAAAGCCGGAGAAGGACGAAAGGCCGUGUAAAGAAGAAUCCAGAGAAAGUGAAUUUGGGUUUGCUGAAAUGACCGUGAAAGUGGUACAAGAAGAAGAGCUGUGCAGCCUGCACCAGUCGGAGGCUGAGACCUCGCCAGCCAGCAGCUCAGGAUUUCCUGACAUCAUAAUGAAAGAAGAGGACGACGAAGGCCCAUCUUACCACCAGACUGCUGGUAACCAGUCAGGAUUUCCUCACACUGUCAUAAAGCGAGAGGGGGAAAAGAGGCCGCGGACCCAGGAGGAAUCUGUGGAAAGCCCUGUUGGUGAACAGUCAGAUAACUUGAAGGAUUCGAAUGUGUGCGCCCACUGUGGGAAGUCUUUUACAUACAAAUGGGAUCUCAUCAGACACCAGCGAACCCAUACGGAAAAGCGGGUGGCACGUUGCCCUCGAGAGGAGCCCUACAAAUGUGCCGUGUGUGGGAAACAAUUUGCUCAAAAGAUGGUGCUAACGUUUCAUCAGAGGGUCCAUAUAGGAGAGAAACCGUACAAAUGCCAGGAAUGUGGGAAAUGUUUUGCUCAUAAUUCACAUCUUGGAAGCCACCAGAGAGCCCACAUAGGAGAGAGGCCAUACAAAUGCCAAGACUGUGGGAAAUGUUUUACUCGCAAUUCACACUUCAUGAUGCAUCAGAGAGUCCACACGGGAGAGAAGCCACACUCGUGUCAGGAGUGUGGGAAGUGUUUUGCUCGCAAUUCAGACCUUGUGAUCCACCAGAGAGUCCACACAGGAGAGAAACCCUACAAAUGUCAGGAAUGUGGGAAAUGUUUUGCUCGCAAUUCAGAUCUUGUGAUCCACCAGAGAGUCCACACAGGAGAGAAACCAUACAAAUGUCAGGAAUGUGGGAAAUGCUUUGCUCAGAGUUCAAAGCUUGUGACUCAUCAGGGACUCCAUCUGGGAGAGAAACCAUUCCAGUGCCAGGAGUGUGGGAAAGGAUUUACUUCCAGGGCUGAUGUUAUGAACCACCAGAGGGUACACACAGGAGAGAAACCCUAUAAAUGUCAAGAGUGUGGGAAAUGUUUUUCUUUCCGUUCAGCACUUAUAUGCCAUGGGAGAGUUCACACAGGAGAGAAACCAUAUAAAUGCCAGGAGUGUGGAAGAUGCUUUGCUUUCCGUACAGCCCUUAUGAGCCAUAAGAGAGUCCACACAGGAGAGAAACCUUAUCAAUGUCAGGAAUGUGGAAAAUGUUUUGCUCAGAAAUCAGAACUUGUCAGGCAUCAGAAGGUUCACACAGGAGAGAAACCCUACAAAUGCCAGGAAUGUGGGAAGUGUUUUUCUGAUAAAUCAAAUCUUGACCAGCAUCAGAGAGUGCACACAGGAGAAAAGCCCUACAGAUGUCAGGAGUGUGGCAAAUGUUUUGCUCGGAGGUCGCACCUUGUGACACAUCACAAAGUCCACACAGGAGAGAAACCCUUCAAAUGCCAGCAGUGUGGGAAAUGCUUUCCUUGCAAUCCGCAACUUCUUACACACCAGAGAGUACACACAGGAGAGAAACCCUACAAAUGCCAGGAAUGUGGGAAAUCUUUUGCUUAUAAGUCAGACUUUGGGAAGCACCAGAGACUCCACACAGGAGAGAAACCACACAAAUGCCAGGACUGUGGAAAAUGCUUUCCUUUCCGUUCUGGCCUGGUGAAUCAUCAGAAAUUCCAUACAGGAGAGAAACCACACAGAUGUGAGGACUGUGGGAAGUGUUUUGCUUCCCGUUCACGCCUUGAGAGCCACCAGCGGGUCCAUGCAGGGAAGAAGACCCAUGCUGCUGUGCCUUCAAUCACCUGCCUCCUUGUGUCUAAUGGAUUUCCACCGGCCAAACCGGAUUUGAUCUCCCGGAUUGGGCAAGAGCUAUCAUUUCCAGAUCAAGUCAUAUCGGAGAGAAUGGAGCUUCCAUUACAGCCCAAUGCAGUCAAGCGGGAACAAGAGGAGUCUUGUGGCUUACAUCAGUGGGAAUCUUCAGCCCCCCCAAGGACCACCUCAGGGUUUGAUGACACGACAGUCAAACUGGAAGAAGAAGAGAAGCCGUGCAACCUUCACCAGUGGGAAUCCGAGACCUUCCCAGGCACCAGCUCAGGAGUUCCUGACUCUGUGGUCAAACAAGAGGAGGAAGAGGGGUCAUGUGACCAGGGAUCCGGGGAAAGUGGAAGUGUUGAUGGUGAUCUCUCAGCACUUCCUGAUGUUAUAAUAAAAAUAGAAGAGGAAGAAAGGCUGUUCAACCAGGGAUCCGAGGAAGUUGGAACCACAGAUAACUUGAAGGAUUCGAAUGUGUGCGCCCACUGUGGGAAGUCUUUUACAUACAAAUGGGAUCUCAUCAGACACCAGCGAACCCAUACGGAAAAGCGGGUGGCACGUUGCCCUCGAGAGGAGCCCUACAAAUGUGCCGUGUGUGGGAAACAAUUUGCUCAAAAGAUGGUGCUAACGUUUCAUCAGAGGGUCCAUAUAGGAGAGAAACCGUACAAAUGCCAGGAGUGUGGGAAAUGCUUUGCUCACAGUUCACAUCUUGGAAGCCACCAGAGAGUCCAUGUGGGAGAGAGGCCAUACAAAUGCCAAGACUGUGGGAAAUGUUUUACUCGCAAUUCACACUUCAUGAUGCAUCAGAGAGUCCACACGGGAGAGAAGCCACACUCAUGUCAGGAGUGUGGGAAGUGUUUUGCUCGCAAUUCAGACCUUGUGAUCCACCAGAGAGUCCACACAGGAGAGAAACCCUACAAAUGCCAGGAGUGUGGAAAAUGUUUUGCUCGCAAUUCAGAUCUUGUGAUCCAUAGGAGGAUUCACACAGGAGAGAAACCAUACAAAUGUCAGGAAUGUGGGAAAUGCUUUGCUCAGAGUUCACAGCUUGUGACACAUCAGGGACUCCACCCAGGAGAAAAGCCGUUCAAAUGCCAGGAGUGUGAAAAAUGUUUUGCUUAUAAGUCUGCCCUUGAGAAACACCAGAGAGUCCACACAGGAGAGAAGCCGCACAAGUGCCAGGACUGUGGGAAAUGUUUUGCUUACAAGUCAGAUCUUGUGAAUCAUCAGAGAAUCCAUACAGGAGAGAAACCAUACCAAUGCCAGGAAUGUGGGAAAUGCUUUGCUUUCCGUACAGCUCUUAUGAGCCAUGGGAGAGUUCACACAGGUGAGAAACCGUACAAAUGCCAGGAGUGUGGGAAAGAUUUUGCUCAAAACUCAGAACUUGUCAGGCAUCAGAAGAUCCACACUGGAGAAAAACCAUAUCAAUGCCAGAAAUGUGCAAAAUGUUUUGCUGAUAAAUCAAACCUUGAUAAACAUCAAAGAGUGCACACUGGAGAGAAACCGUACAAAUGUCAGGAGUGUGGGAAAUGCUUUGCUCAGAAUUCACAUCUUGUGACACAUCACAAAGUUCACACAGGAGAGAAACCCUACCGAUGUCAGCAAUGUGGGAAGUGUUUCCCUUGUAAUUCACAGCUUGUAACCCAUCAGAGAGUCCAUACAGGUGAGAAACCGUACAAAUGCCAGGAGUGUGGGAAAUCUUUUGCUUAUAAAUCAGACCUUGGGAAGCACCAGAGACUCCACACAGGAGAGAAACCAUACAAGUGCCAGGAUUGUGCAAAAUGCUUCGCUUUCCGUUCAGCCCUUUUGAACCACGAGAGAUUCCAUACGGGGGAGAAACCAUACAGAUGCGAGGACUGUGGGAAGUGUUUUGCUUCUAGUUCACGCCUUGAGAGCCACCGGCUCGUCCAUUCAAGAGAUAAGCAAUGCUCAAGCGAAGGGGUCUUGUAGGUAAACACUGUAAAACAAAAUAUUAAAUGCCCAGAUUGUUUUAUGAAGUAUGCUGGCUUUUCAUAAAUGUAUUAUAUCUAGAAAAAUGAAGCCACCUAUAUAAGAUGGAGUAUGGUAAGGCCGUUGCUCAGAUGAGGUCCUUUCCUGAUUAUCACAAUGUUGAGCCAUUAAAAAACCCUGAAUGUAGCGUGGUAGAAAGUAUUGGAAGAAGGAACUUUGUUUGACAUGAAGAUUAUGUAUCCUCUUUAACCCCCACCUCCCAGUUUGUAAAAUUUGCCCACGAGAUUAAUGUCUAUGCCAACACCCAGGAAAAAUAUUUUUAAGAAUCUCCUGCAUAAGAAGGGCCCUGAUAGAUCUGACUUAGGUCCCCAUAAUCCAGCCCUCUGCUUCACCUGGCCUCACAAAUGCUGCUCAGAUAUGCUUAAGCAGGGCAGGAAAAUGCUGGCUCUUCCACUUGUUCCUUUCAACUUAUUAUAGGUAGAUUGCCUUUGAGAGUGGAGGUUCAAUUUUACAAUCAAGGAAAUCCAAGAACCUUCUUGAUGCUUCACAUGUGGUUGGAGGAGACUGAUUCACCCAGAAUUGGGCCCAACAUGGCAAGAUUAUAAAUUUUCUAGACUAAAUCACGAGACUACCUUAGAAAUAAAAUGCCAUCAUCCCAUUGUUAGCAGCAGUACUGUAGCAGUUUCCUGACAGUUCUCACUGCUAAACAUCUGAUUGGUUAAUGGAGCCUUUUCCCGACUUGCCCCUUAGAUACCAUUUACCACUUAGUGCUGAAUAAGAGUACUUAUUCAUCAGCUUUGAAAAUUUUGUCAUGUGCUGCAUUGUUAGGACAUUGUCCUCGGACUUUGCCAAAAUCUUUUCAUCUGCCAUUACCAGUUUUAAAAUGCUUAUCGGAGCACAGAGAAUUUGAUGUUCAGGAGCUUAGAAUCUAGAAAAAUAAGGAACUGGAGUUUUCUCUCUAAAAUAUAAUUAGUAGGUAUCUGCCUUAACCUCUAUGCAUAAUGUUUCUUUAGAUCUAAACUUCAGGUUGGUUUAGCAAGAACAGACAGUGGUAAUUGGAGGCCACUAUGCCUUUUCAGGAAAAUCUGAGGUGAUGCCUGAAUAUUCUCGUUGACCUAAACUGUAGGGGUAAGAGGUGGAUCUCAGAAGUGGGUCCUGAACAAACUUCUUGUAGGAAAAUUUUUCGUAUCAAAAACUUUAUCUCGUACUUCAUGGCUGGGAAGCCAAAUAACCAUUUCCCAUCAUUCAGCAGUCUACUGAUCUCACUGCACUGAGUGUAUUUGAAAUGGCUGUCUUCCAGUCAUUGCUUUCAUCUAUUGGGGCUAUUUUUUUUAAAAUAGAGGGGGAGAAAAAAAUCUUUAACUAUGUUUGAAUGAUUGCCUUUCAGUUUCCACAUUCAGUUAUAGACUCUGCAUUUUGGGGGCCCUGAAGCUUGAACUUUUAUAGGGGGACCUACAGAACCAGCAAAGAGAUCUGGGUAACCACUGUUAUCUCCUUCGGUGGAGUUGUUCCAUGACAGACCACCACUAUGUUUUUUUAAAAUAUGGACUGAAGUCACUUGUGAAGCCUUUCUGGAAUUAGGGAUUCUGAAACUUCAGCUUCCUUCAUUUCAUAGUAGAUUCUUCACCACCACCAUCCCGGCCGCGUUCAUCUACGUGGUACCUGUCUUCCUGGAGUAUAAUGUUCAACAUGAAUCCAUAAUUCAUGAUGGUUAGUUUGUGGCCUCCUUUUUGCUAUUUUUGGAUAGUAAUUUUUUUAAAAAAAACAGUGAUAGCAGUUGGGCAGUCAACUGUUGUAUCAAGGUAACUUGUGUAAGCAUUUUGUAGGGUGGUGGUAGUUAAAAAACCUCUGGACCGUGGUCUGCAAAUUGCUUGUGUAAAGAACAAAUGUUAGCUGCUGGUGUCAUUUUCUCUUUAGUGAACAGGCCAGGAAAGUAAGCUAGUCAAUCUUUUAAAAAAUUAAAUGAUUCCCUCAUAGGUUCAUAGGGAAUAAUGUAGAAAGCGUUGAUGUACUUUUGGUUUCAAGCUCAUUUUUUCAGCUAGCUUCACCUCCGACUCUGCUAGCAUUUGAAGUUAUGAGGGCAGAACCAUGGAUUACUACCGUACAGUUGUUUCCACAUGGGAUCCAUCCUUCGGUGUCCUGCAAGGGGAAGUAUUCUGACCAGCACGAAGAAGACGGAUUUUGCCUGCAUGGAAGCUCGGGUACUUUUCAUAAUUCCCCAAGAUACUGCUUUCCAAAGUAAAAUUGUACAGUAUUUAUUUUGGUUAGGACAGGUUCUUUUCUAACAUGCAGGUCUUCUAGUGCCUGUGGUGGCGAAAACACCAUAGACCACCAGAAAGACAAAUAAAUGGGUCCCAGACCAAAUCAAUCCUAAACUUUCUAAAUACAAAAAUGACAAAACUGAGGCUUGUUGUACUUUGGACACAUCCAUCACGACAAGGCAAGACCCAUUGGAAAAGACAAUGUCUGGAGAAGUUGAAGGCCAUAAGAAAGGAGGAAGACCCAAAAUGAGAUGGGUAAGACUUAAUAAAUGGACCCACAGCCUAGAGCAGUCCUUAGCAGGGCUUUUACUAAACGGAUCUCUUGCAUCUCACCCAUUCAUAAGAAUGCUGUAAGGUGAAAGCUCCUUGACAGAACAAUAACCAGGUUUUCAAAAUUUGUCAAAUAACCUCUGGGGGAAUAGGAGUUUGUAUAUUAUUUUCUCAGACAAUGAGACAUGUUUCUCAUGCCAUUUUAAUUAAAUAAAAAUCUGCAUUGAUUUAGUUUUAGUCUACUUGAUCAUCUGAGUACCUUGUUAUUAUGCAUUUUUUGUUUUCAUUAUAGUUUUAUUGUGUUCGGAAGAAAACUGGUUUGUGAAUGAGGA